AAACAAGAAGAUACUGUGGAACAAACAGACCUGAAAGAGAAAAGUGAAGAACUAAAUGAAGUGGAAGACAAAGAUCAGUAUGAGAAACAUGAUUUUACUGGAGAAAGUUUUAGUUGCUCACAAACUAAACAGAAUUCACAAAAGAGAGCUCAAAAGACAGGACAUUUCAUCUGCCAACAAUGUGGAAAGAGUUUCACUAAAAAAGAAACCCUUAAAGUCCACGUUAGAAUUCACACCGGAGAGAAGCCUUACACCUGCCAGCAGUGUGGAAAGAGUUUCAUUAAAAGUGGAACACUUCAAAGGCACAUUAGAAUUCACACUGGAGAGAAACCUUACACCUGCCAACAGUGUGGAAAGAGUUUUACUGAAAGAGGAAACUGUAAUGUUCACAUGAGAAUUCACACCGGAGAGAAGCCUUACACCUGCAAACUGUGUGGAAAUAGUUUCAAUCGAAAAGGAAGCCUCGAUAGCCACAUGACAAUUCAUACUGGAGAGAAAUCUUACACCUUACACCUGUUUGUUUGGGUUUAAUUUGGGAACGCAUAUGAAGUCUGAUGCGCUUUGUGUUGCACUGUUAUCAUUUUCAAGCAUGAAGCACGUCUCCAUCUCAGCAGCUCUGUCGACAAACUCUUCCUCUGCGUAUGCUGUGAGUUUGGGUUGCUGAAUGUUCAUCUGGGAAAACGGAUGAACUCACUAGAU